CCGCCCACUCCGAGGGGUAAAACUGGAACGGGGGCAAAAUCUUACCCCUCGCUCCGAGCUCAUCGCCUGCACCUGCACGGCGCCACGGCUAGACAAGCCUGUGCAAUCGGGCGCCCGAUUCGCCGGCCACGAUGCACAGCUCGCUCGCUCGGCAGGUGGGCCCGCCGAUCCGGCCUGGCUGCGCGGACCAGGCCCGCCGCGAUCGAUCCGGUUCGGUCCGGUGCCACGCCGAGGCCGCGCCGCCGGUGUCCGUCGCUAGGACGGGGCCGUACACCGGGAGGGACCCGGAGGUGAAGAAGCCGGCGUGGCUGAGGCAGAGGGCGGCGCAAGGGGAGAAGUACGCGCGGAUGCGGGAGUCGCUCGGCGAGCUCAAGCUCAACACCGUCUGCGUCGAGGCCCAGUGCCCCAACAUCGGCGAGUGCUGGAACGGAGGGGGAGGGGCCGGCGGGGAAGGGGACGGUAUUGCCACGGCGACCAUUAUGGUGCUCGGCGAUACUUGCACGCGCGGUUGUCGAUUCUGCGCCGUGAAGACCAGCAACAAGCCUCCGCCGCCGGAUCCCAUGGAACCUCUGAACACGGCCUUGGCCGUUGCAAGUUGGGGAGUAGACUAUGUUGUGCUGACAAGUGUUGAUAGAGAUGACUUACCUGAUGGGGGAAGUGGCCAUUUUGCUCAGACAGUGAGAGCUUUGAAGGAGCUCAAACCUGGGAUAUUGGUGGAAUGCUUAACCUCGGAUUUUCGAGGUGAUCUGGAGGCUGUUUCCUCUUUGGCCGAUUCUAAUCUAGAUGUCUUUGCGCACAACAUUGAAACUGUGAGGAGUCUGCAGAGAAUUGUGAGGGAUCCUCGAGCAGGAUAUGAGCAGAGCUUAGCUGUUCUAAAGCAUGCAAAAAUUUGCAAAGAGGGGAUGAUAACCAAGUCUUCUAUCAUGCUUGGUCUUGGGGAAACUGACGAGGAGGUGAAACAAGCCAUGAUUGAUUUAAGGGCAGUUGGUGUUGAUAUUCUCACAUUGGGCCAAUAUUUGCAGCCAACAGAAAAACAUUUGACGGUUAGGGAGUAUGUGACGCCUGAGAAGUUCCAGUUUUGGAAGGAGUAUGGUGAAUCGUUGGGUUUUUGUUAUGUUGCUAGUGGACCUCUGGUCCGGUCUUCGUACCGUGCAGGAGAGCUCUUUGUCGAGAAUUUGGUCAGAAAUAAGAAGUCUAAGCCUGCAUCGGCCUCCUCUUAAGUCUCAACCAAGAUAUGUCGACCUACAAAAGCAAUCCAUCGGAUUCUUCCACUUUGUAUGUUCAGAGCAGCACCAGAAAAGCGGGGGUGGCACAAUCAUUCUAUUAUUCUGAAAGUUUGUCCCCUGCUUUUCUUUUUUGAAUAUGCACACACACUUUUGAUAUUUAUCACUGUAGAUGCCCGGAUGCCAUUUUUGUUGUUGUAUCAUUACCUUUGAAAGAAUAUAGGAAAAGCUAUUCAUGAGUA